AUGAACGGGCCCACCCUGCAGCCCUCCUCGGCCUCCUCCGCGUCUUCCCCCUCCUCGUCGGCAGCGUCGUCGCCGUCCCCGCGGGGCUGGAGCGAAUUCUGCGAGCUGCACGCGGUGGCCGCGGCCCGGGAGCUGGCCCGGCAGUACUGGCUCUUCGUGCGCGAGCAUCCGCACCACGCGCCGCUGCGCGCCGAGCUCGUGUCGCUGCAGUUCACCGACCUCUUCCAGCGCUACUUCUGCCGCGAGGUGCGCGAGGGCUGGGCUCCUGGGCCGCUGGGAUCCCGGGCCGCGCCGCCCGCUCGUGACUACCGGGACACGGGCCGCGGGCCCCCGGCCAAAGCCGAGGCAGCCCCGGCCGACUCGGGCCCGGGUCCCGCCGCCCCGGCGCUGCCCAAGGCCCGCAGCUCGGAGGAGCUGGCCCCGCCGCGACCGUCUGCCGCCUGCACCUUCCAGCACCUGCGCCACAGCCUCCGCCACAUCCUGCGCCGCGGUUCGGCUGGGGAGCUGCCCGCCGCCACCGGGGCCGCGGGGGAGGCGGGCGAGGGCCUGGCCCGGCCCGGCCUGGCCAGGAAGCUCCUGCCCUGGAGCCUGGCCCGCGAGCCGCCGCCCGAGGCCCUCAAGGAGGCGGCGCUGCGCUACAGCCUGGCGGACGAGGCGUCCAUGGACAGCGGGGCGCGCUGGCAGCGGGGGCGGCUGGCGCUGCGGCGCGCCCGGGGCCCCGACGGCGGCGCGGACCGCGUGCUGGAGCUCUUCGACCCGCCCAAGAGUUCAAAGCCCAAGCUACAAGCAGCCUGCUCCAAUAUCCAGGAAGUCCGGCGAUGCACACGCCUCGAGAUGCCGGACAACCUCUACACCUUUGUCCUGAAGGUGAAGGACCGGACAGACAUCAUCUUUGAGGUGGGGGACGAGCAGCAGCUGAAUUCCUGGAUGGCUGAGCUCCGGGAGUGCACAGGCCAAGGGUUGGAGAGCACAGACCCAGAGACACAUAUUCCCUCAGCCCUAGAGCCUGGCACGUCCAACUCUCUGAGGGGAAGCACAGAUUCCCUGAACCAAGGUGCUUCUCCUGGGGGGUUGCUUGACCCCGCCUGUCAGAAAACAGAUCACUUCCUGUCCUGCUACCCCUGGUUCCACGGCCCCAUCUCCCGGGUGAAGGCAGCCCAGCUGGUUCAGCUGCAGGGUCCUGACGCUCACGGAGUGUUCCUGGUACGGCAGAGUGAGACACGGCGUGGAGAGUAUGUGCUCACAUUCAACUUCCAAGGCAUAGCCAAGCACCUGCGCCUGUCGCUGACCGAGCGGGGCCAGUGCCGAGUGCAGCAUCUCCACUUCCCCUCCGUCGUGGACAUGCUACGCCACUUCCAGCGCUCCCCCAUCCCGCUCGAGUGUGGUGCUGCCUGUGACGUCCGCUUGUCCAGCUACGUGGUAGUGGUCUCCCAGCCACCAGGUUCCUCCAACACUGUCUUGUUCCCCUUCUCCCUCGCUCACUGGGAUUCGGAGCUGGGCCUUCCCCACCUUAGCUCUUCUGGCUGUCCGCGGGGGCUUGGCCCAGAGGGUCUCCCCGGCCGAUCCUCUCCCCCAGAGCAGAUAUUCCACCUGGUGCCUUCGCCCGAGGAACUGGCCAACAGCCUGCGGCACCUGGAGCCUGAACCUGCCAGUCGAGCCCGGGACUCAGACUACGAAAUGGACUCCUCCUCCCGGAGCCAUCUACGGGCCAUAGACAAUCAGUACACACCUCUCUGAUGGGCAGUGAGGAAGCCCAGGCCUCACACAUGCCCCCGAAGAACACAAGCAAGCAGAGAUGUGAACUUGUGAAUGUAACUUUCUUUCCUUCCUUCCAGAGAGAGAUUUAAGGGACACUGCUAACUGCACAUUCCAGUU